AUGGAGGAGGUUGAUCUUCUUAUCAUCGGCGCCGGCUGGCGAGGCCUGACACUGGCAAAGACAUACCACCAGGUGCACCCAGAUGCGAAGCUCUUGAUAUUGGACUCAGCAGAGACUCUGGGUGGCUGCUGGGCUGAAGAGAGAGUAUAUCCUGGACUGCACACCAACAAUCCUCUUGGUACUUAUCAAUUCAGCGACUUCCCCAUGACUGCAGAAGUGGCUGGGUGCCAACCCUUCCAAGCAAUUCCUGGUAUGGGAGUUCACAGAUACCUCUGCGAGGCGGUCAAAUUCUUCGACAUCGAGCAAUUCCUACGGGUGGGCUGGAAAGUGCAGUCUGCUCGACUGAGAGAAGAUGACACUUGGGAAGUUAUAUCUUCCUCAUCAAAAGAUCCAUCGAACGUGGAGACAACUAUAGCUCGCAAACUGGUGGUCGCAACAGGUCUGGCGAGCGAGCCAUACAUGCCAUCCUUGCGAGGACAAGAACGGUUCAAAGGCGUACUCAUGCACUCCAAACAGCUCAAACCCAAGAGCGAUGAACUUUCUACCGCGAGAAAUGUGAUUGUCCUGGGAGGCAACAAAUCUGCAUAUGAUUCUUGCUAUCAGGUAGCUCAAGCCGGCGGGGUGGCGCAUAUGGUUCUCAGACCUUCAGGCGGCGGACCCAGUUUUCAGUGGCCGCGUCUGAUGCAACUGUUUGGUCGAAUGAAACCAUUCCCAGUGUUGACUUCAACACGCUUCUUCACUCUCUUCGACCCAUGGCCAUUCUCCACGGAUGCUUCUUGGAUGCGGGACUUCCUUCAUCGCUGGACGAUCGGGCUGCAUAUCACGCAAGCAUUCUGGAGCAGCCUUACGUCUGCAUUUGUCCAAAGACUAACAGACGAUGAGCGUACCAAAAUGCUCGUUCCAUGGGCGUCCACGUACUGGAUGGGUACUGCACUUGGCACGCUGAACUAUCCCACAGACUGGCAUCAACUCGUCCGCGAAGGAAGGAUUGUCAUUCAUCACGCUGAGGUGGUGUCACUUUCUCCAACAGGAGUAGAGCUGACAGACGGCCUGCUUGAAGAUGUGGAUGCAGUAAUAUGCUCUACGGGCUGGAGAUCGAUCUCACCCAUACAGUUCCUACCGGGGAACCUGGAUCUCGGCUUGACAUCCCUACCAAAAGAAGCCGGCGACGAAGAAGCACUCUACCGCUACAUGAUCCCUCCGACCAAGCGUUUCAUCCAAUCCCACAACCUCGCCUUCUUUGCAGCAGAUAAUCCACUGCACUUCGUGCCCGCUACGCAAAUCCAAGCGCUUUGGAUCACGGCCUUCUUCCACAACAAGAUUUCGCAUCUCAAGUCCAGUCGUCUAGACUUGGAUAAAGUCCGCGAAGACACCAUGCUUCUUACAGAGUACGAACGCCUGCGUCGUCCCAAAACCUCAGGAGGUGUCGGUGAGCGGUACGGGGAGUUCGUCUUCGAUUGCUUCCCGUAUCUGGAUGGGUUGAUGCAAGAUCUCGGGUUGCGAUCGCAGAGGAAGAAGACGUUGUGGAAAGAGUGGUUCGAACCGUACGGUAUUGCAGACUUCAAAGGGCUGGUGGAGGAGUGGAUGGAAUCAAACACGGACUCGAAGAGGUGA